UGGCUGUAUUGCUUUUUAAUAUUGCACCGAAGGUUUUUUAAAUAAAACUUUAAAAAAAAAAAGAAGUUCACUUUCUGCAUGGAGGAAGAAGGUGCUAGAAACCUUGAGUUUACCGUUACGACAGUCAUUUGGUGAGGCAGGAUAAUGGCUGCUUCCCUCAGCCCACUACAGUGAGGCUGUGGCCUCACCAAGGAUGCAGAUAGUCUCGGUUCUGUCUCUGCCACCACAAAAAGGAGAUGGCUUUGUAGCUGGGCUUGGUGGCGCCCCUGUUAUCUCAUCACUUCAGAGAUGGAGGCAGAAUCAGGAAUUCGAGGUUAGACUCACCUGCAUAGCUCAAAGGCAGAUCGGGCUCCAGGCAGUCCUGUCAACAAUGACAAGAUCAGUCCGGGACUGAAAUAGUUCCUUUGUCUUCUGCCUUCUCAUUCCAGAACCACCUGCUCAAGUGUUUGUUGAAUGACUAACAGUUAACUGCACACUUGCUGAGGGCUUUGUCACCUCUGUAGUUUGGUGAAGCAGACAUCAUAAAACUCGUUUUAUAGACAGGGCAACUGGCUUGGCAAAGUCAAGUUGAGGGUCACAGGACAGUGGGACACCUGUUGCUCACUUCAAGCCUUGUAAUAUAUUUGGCUUUCUAGCCUGUACUUAAAUACCAGUCAGUCCUUGCACACAGCAAGGAAUCCGACCUAUAAGUGUUCUGGGACCAGGGCAGGCACACAGGAACAAAAGACACAAUGGGAUAAGAUCGCCUGGCUGAGGAUUUUUAUUGUAGAAGUAACCGCUGUAUCAUUAGGCCUUAGGCUCAAAAGCAGAUCCCAGCUCCAUCAGUUGGGGUCACCUGCUGGGGUGUACUAGGCCUCUCAAUAACCAUCGCUUCCGAUUCCUAACAAGUUAGGAACCCCCUCCAGUCCAGUCACCUGCCCGGGGAGACAAGGCGCCUAGGUGCGCUGCAGCCACAAGACAGGUCUGGGGCUCCGCCCUCGGCAGCGCCCCGCGCGCCAGGUGCUGGCCGGCGAGCUCCGUGCGCAGUGCAGGCCCAGGCUGCGCGCCCUCCGCGUGCUGAGAUUCAAAAGAGGCGAAAGCCCCGCGGGCCGGCGCCGGCAGAGACGUCGAGGCCGGCCUGAGUGGGCUGCGGCUGCGCUCACUGCCCAAGCCGCUCGGCCCCAGGUGUGUGCGCUCCCGGGACGCCGCCGGGGCUGGAGGAGCCUGCGGUGGACGCCGAUGGCUGCGGAGCCCUGGUUCGCGGGGUCGCUGGCUCUAGGCCCUGGAGAAGCACCGCCUUCGGAGGAAUUGGGACCCGGGCAGCCGCCCUAUGGAGACCCCUCGUGGUCGCCCGCCGGGAGACCGGAGACUUCAGCGGAACUGGAGCCCCAGCGGGCACAGCCCAUGAUGGAAGCUCCAGCCUCCACGUCCUCCCGGGAGCCACUGGCAGCGGAGCUCGGGCCGGCCCCGGCUCGCCUCCCGCUGGACUCCAUGUUCAGCCCCAUCACUGACCAGCUCCGAUACCUGCUCAGGAAAGCGGAUGACUUUCAAAGCUACUUGCUCUACAGCAGGGACCGAGUACAGAAGGAACAGCUAGCCAAGGCCAUGCCCACCUUCUUAACAAUGUGUGAACCCUACUUCCUAUACCUUGAGGCAGCAGCGAGGAGUGUCCCUCCCAUCUACGGAGCACUGCAGGAGUUGGUCCGGAAGGGGCUGCUGGAGAUCUCCCAGCAGCUAGCCCUGCGCCUGGAGCACUUAGCUCUCAUGUAUGCCUCCUUUGGGUUCGUGGACCUGGAGGAAACUAAUCCCUUGAGCAUCUCCUGCUUCUUUUGCGGGAGGUUCUCCAUCAGUCCCUCCCACGAUGUGUCCAUCUUCCGAUACUGCACACCGGCUGCGUACACUGCCAGUCACUUCCCGAGAUACCUCUAUAAGAAGAUGCGCUGGAACCUGGAAACCACCACAGAGGCCAACAGCCAAGGAGCAGACCCCCAUGUGGAUUAUUACUUCUUGUGUUAUCGAGAUACAUGGGAGGAUGCAGACCAGGGUCCUGCCAAUCCGUGCCCCCAGAUCCAGAAACUCUGGUCCAUUGGUCGAUGGAUGCCCCUAGGACCAGCAGAGGAUGAUCUUGAUUCCUGGAUUUUGUGCCCACAGCCGCCCGGGGACUACCAGCAGCUACUAACCAUCGGCUUCGAGGAGCCGUCGCAUGUGCUUGCCACCGACCUGCUGGUGCAGAUCCUCAUGGGCCAGGCAGGCCCCGCCCGGCCCCCCAGCACUGCCGGGCCCUCGUCUUGGGCAGCCCCGGCAUCCUGAGUCCCAGGAGAAGGCGCCAGCUGUAGCCUGACAACCCCAAACUCCAGGCAGGAAGAGGUGCGGCCGCACUGAGUACGGCACGGCGCGGCAUGGGACCGCAAACACCAAGUGCCGGUAGACUUUUCUGUUAAUAAAAGAGCAAGGUCAGA